AUGGCGACCCUGGGGCGGCGGUUCGUCCUCGCCUUGAUGCUCGUGGCCGUCCUCGCGGCGGCGUUCUUCCCGCAGGCCGCGCUCGCCGCGUCCGGCGGCGUCAUGGGCGGGCGCUCGUCGUCGUCGUCGUCCUCUUCGAAAAACCGCCGCUCGUCGUCUUGGGGCUCGGAAGGAAACUCGUACUACUCGUCGAGGACGACCUACGUGUCGGUCGGCACGCCGGCGCCUCCCAGCGUGGCCACGGCCGCCGGCGAGGGCCCGGGCGCGGUGUUCUGGAUGGUGGCCAUCGGCCUCGUUGUGCUGGUCGCCGUCGCGGCGUACCGCUGCCGGCCGAGGACGACCGUGGUUAAGCUCCAGGUGGCCUUGCUGGGCUGGGCGAAACCGUUUCAGCAGGAGCUGAACGAGAUUGCUGACAGAGUGCGGGCUUCCAACAAGCCUGCGUACAAGCUCAUGUUGACCGAGACCAUAUGUUCUUUGAGCCGUCACAAGGAUUGCUGCGUAUUUUCAAGCUUAUCAGUUGAUGUGAAAGAUGGAACGGAUUCUUGGGAGGAGCAUUUCGAUGAAAUUUCUAUCGAGGAGCGGAGCAAGUUUGACGAAGAAACACUCUACAGCUUGGAGGGAAUUAAGAGGACGAAAGAGUACUCCAAAAAGCAAGAUGGCUCCAGAAACGAAUAUAUAGUGGUAACCAUCGUAGUUGCUGCUAAUGGAGCCCUGGAGUUCCCAAAGAUCACAAGACCCGCAGAUCUGGAAGCAGUAGUGAAAAAACUCAACUCUUUACGCGCAGGAGAUAUUUGGGGCAUUCAUGUUUUAUGGACUCCCCAAGAGGAAAACGACGUACUUACUGAAGAGAAGCUUCUAGCAGAUUAUCCUCAUCUGAGGCCCCAUUAUGAUGACUAGGACGGCGUUCUUUUCAUAUUCUUAGAUGCCAUAGUAUAUACGAUCUAUUUAGGAAAAAACGUUGUAUGGUAGGCUGGUACUCACGGUCACUUUGUCUUCAAACAAAAUCAUUUAGAAUUGAGGCUGCCAAUUUCCAUUCGUGUGCAAUAUGGUGUAGCUCAAACUUUAGUUUAUCUGGGUAAUGUGUGCAAAUUAGGUUUGUGGCUGAUCUUUUAUGUUCCUACCCAUGAACUCUUACUGAUUAUUCAAA